CUUAAUAAUACUCUUGACGCAUAAUUAUAAGAAACAGUAAAUUCUAAUAAAUAUCGUAAAUUUUCUUUUUUAAGUAUAAAUUAUGAAUACUUUAAUAUUUCAUAAAUAUAUUUAGUGCCUCCAUAUCAUAACAAAUAGCUAUACAAUGAGUUCUUUAAAUUUUUUUAUGUGGUUUUUAGUAAUAUUGCUAUCAAAAGAUUCUGCUUGUGAAAGGCUUCAUGAACAGAUUUAUUCAUCUAUUGAAGGUGGUGCUGCCUGUUUCAGACGAUUGAAUGGUACUCACCAAGCAGGAUGUACAUCCCCCUUGAAUGGUGCAGUGGGUGCAGUUCAUAUGAUUUCCAAUAUAUCAGAUGCCCAAUGGAUGAUAUACAACUCAAGUGCUGGUCCGUAUGUGGCCGUUGUCAAUACAAUAGUUUUCAAUGAGGUCAUAGAACUUUUUAUGCAGGAACCAUCAAAUGUGGCUGGUAUUUUGUUAUAUGAAAAUGCUACUGAAAGACCUGAAUUCUUCAGUCCGGAAACUCAAUGUCCGAAUGAAAACUCAGCUGGCUCUGAUGGCCAGUGUGCUGGUGAUGUUGUAUGGAAUGAGAAUGGUUCUGGUCUUUUGAGGAGAGAUAUACCUUUUCCAAUAUUCUUUCUGCCGAGUUCUAGAAUUCAAGAAAUUGAUAAAAUUAUACAAUGUCAUGAUAGAUAUAAUCUUGAUAAGGAUAAUCAGAAAGGCAGGCCGUUGUGUUCCUUACAAUUAAGUUCAUUUAUGUAUGCUGCUGUUAAUACCGCUGUGUGUUUAAGGAGGUCAGCAACUUCAAUAUUUGGAAUAGCUAUUAAGAUGUGUGACCCACUUGGAGAUUACAAUGUAUACUAUUCUUUAUUCCCACGGCCAAAGGAAACAGCAAAAGAAAAGAAACAGGUAAUUUUAGUGACAGCAAGAAUGGAUUCAGCAUCACUCUUUGAUGGUGUGGCACCCGGAGCAGCUAGUGCAGUUGUCGGAUUGGUAACACUAAUAACUACAGCGGCCACACUGUCACAAAUGAUACCUCAAACUGAAGCCGCUUCAUAUAAUAAAAAUGUUCUCUUCACAUUGUUUAAUGGCGAGUCAUAUGAUUAUAUUGGAUCUCAGAGGGUGGCGUACGAUAUAUCUCAGGGGGUGUGGCCGCCGUUAUCUCCCAUCACUUCCAAGGAUAUCAACCUACAUGUGGAAUUGGGACAAUUAGGUGGCUCCUUGAAUUUGUUCAAGGACAACCCCAAUUGGCCGCUGUACGCGUACGCGCCUUAUACAUAUACUAUACCGCCUCAAGUUACAGAGUUUCUUGCUGAGAUGUCUUCAUACUCUCAGACCAAUAAUAUGACCAUCGAAUCAGAGUUUUCUAUAAACAUGCCACCAUCUUCCCUACAUUCGUUUAGGAAAAUUCUUUCCAAUGCGACUGAGAGCGGGGAACUACCGGAGAUAUUGUUAGUCGACCACUUAGGGAAGUUUACGAAUAAAUACUAUGAAUCGGCAUUAGAUGACUAUGAUAGCAUUGGUUAUUCGUACCACAAUAUUAGCAUCAGUAAUGAUGGAAAAUUUAUACCAACGGACGAUUUAAUAGCGAACGGCACUAUGUCAGAGAAUGAGGCGCAAGUUAAGAUAGCUCGUGUGUCAACAUCACUUGCACAUACGUUGUACCAACAGAUCGUUGGAACCGCGUACGCUGGAAAUAUUUCAUCAUCCGCACAUUUGGUGGACGAAAUGCUGUACUGUUUCCUCCGAAGCCAGGCUUGCAGGUUGUUGGUGGCUGCGGACUACUACAGUAACGAGGACACGCCCCCUGACGAUAGGCCCGCGCCCCUGUAUGUGGGGGUCGCUGCUCUGUCCACACCAGCCGCGCUGUACUCCGGCCAUCUCCUGGCAUUGCUCACGGGAACCCACAUACAAGUCAAUAGGACCGCCUGCGAUAACAUCGGCACUCCGGGCUUCUCAUAUUACUAUCUUCGAGGUUGGAAUCAAAGUGGUAUUUGUAUACAAACAACAAUGAACUUUAGUCAAGCUAUUAGUCCAGCGUUUAUUAAACCAGAUUAUAACAUAACAUCCGGGGAGUUCUCUACAUGGACGGAGUCUGUGUGGCUUGGUCUGUGGGCGCGUGUGUUUGUUCGUGCAGCUGGUGUGGGCGCCCGUGUGGCGGCCGCGGCCGGAGCCUUCACAACCAUACUAGCGGCCGUCACCACCUACUGGCUGCAAAGACACGCCAGUGUUAUAUUCCUGACGCCUGUCGCGGAUAAUGGGGUGAUCAGAAGUGUAAAUUGUUAAAAUAUUUGUCAUAUAUCAUACAGAAUUGUGUAUCAAAGAGAGGCAACACAUUCCAAGAGAUUUUAUGUAAUAAGUAGAUUAAAAUGAAAAAAAAUAGCGUAUGAUAAUAAUUAAUAGUAUGAAUGAUAACUUGAAGAUUCUUGACUAAUGUAAAAUGCUUGCAAACGCCUAAAAAAAUAAUUUAUUUUUAAGUUAAAACCAUAAACGAGUCUGUAAUGUUGUAUGUUUUGCCGAUGCUGUACAAUUUUUUUUAUUCAAUAGUAAUACAUGAGUGGUAUGGAUUGAUUGUUUUUAUGAAAAUUAAUUUUUAUUGCAAUAAAUUAUUACUAAAAGAUA